AAUAAAGAGGGAACAUCCACCAUACAAUAAACCAAAUGCCUGGAUAACCAGGAAAAAUAACACAGAUGAGCAGAUUCAUAAUCCUGAAGGGUAAGAGUGAAAGGGGACCUGACUCAGCAUAACCAGAUACGAAUGUGCUGAGUUUCCUGGAAGUUUUCCAGGCUCGAGAAGAGUUCUCCAGAGAGUUUUCCAGGCUCAAGAAAUACACUGAAUUACACGACCUUGGAAGAACACCAGCCCCAACUUUGCCAUCUAGUGGAAACCUUUUGGCCUUAAAAAUGGAACCUGAGCGUUGUGGAAUAGCCACAGGGUGGCAGUCAGACAUCAGAAGGGGAGGAGGACAUCUCAGAGGAUCAGAAGGCAAGGAUCAGAUCAUGAAAGAGAUUUGGCAAGGACAUAGAGUGACAGGACAAGGGGGAAUGGCUUCAAACUGAAAGAAGUUUAGAUGGGGUAGUGGGAAGGAAUUCUUCCCUGUGAGAGUGGUGAGACCCCAGCACAGGUUGCCUAGAGAAGCUGUGGCUGUCCCUGGAUCCCUGGAAGUGUGAGUUGGACUGUGCUUGGAGCAACCAGAGAUAGUGGAAGGUGUCCCUGCUCAUGGCAGGGAGAAGAGGAUAUUGUUCCUGAGGAUGUCAGAGGUUCAUAAGGCUUUGAAGAUUGUCCAGUUAAGUGGAAUAUCAUUGGACAAAGAGGUGGCUCCAACCUGGAAUAAAUCACUUUUUCCAAAUCAGGGAGGAACACCUUCAGCAAUGGAGUGACUGUAAUUACAGAAAUGUCAGGGUGAUGUUCAUACAGUUAAGGGUGAGGGGGCAACUGAAAGAGGAAAAUGCUGUAAUUUUCCCCUUGCUAACACCCACCCAUUUGGACUUGAUAAUGGUGUGGAUUUGCAGUCCUUGCCCAGCUUGUGGAUGUGUUUGCUUCCAUUAUCCCAAAUUCCUGAAGAGGGGAAUGGUUUUCUUUAUGGAAUUUUCCCCACCUCUAGAAAAGUAGGGGAAAUCAAGCUGAUUGUAGAUCCCACAGGAUGGAUGAGGAACGCAGCUGAGUCACUCAUAAACGGGAGGAUUCGCUGCUUCCCAAGGUUCUUUUACAAGGAAUAGAAAGAAAUUUCCUAACAGGUCAGAUGCAGAGAGCAAGGGCAGUAAUGCAACACUGCUCAUGGGUGGGAAGGGAAGAGGAUUACACUGGAAGAGAUUUCUCCGGGGUUUGCGUCUCCUGCAGGGACUGGUAUUAAAUGUUCAGAAAAUGGGGAGGAAUUUCCACCAAGAAUAGUUUUGAAACAGCAACAAGUAAUGAUACACCCAUGACAGCUUAUAUGAAAUGCUGGUUAUGAUGGUGCCCCUGAGGCAAAAUUUCCAAAGGUCUGAUUGAUCCAUAGUAAUCUCCCUUGGCUUUGCUCCCAAGAGCCAGCCUGGCUUUUUGAUUUUUGCAGCUCAUCAUUUAGGCUCUUGCCAGUCUGGGGAUUUUUUUUUUUGGUGAGAGAAUAAAACUGUGGGUGUUCCCUGAGCCGAAUAAAAGAAGAGGCAGUGACCUGACCAUAAAAUGAGAAGUUUUAGAGCAGAGAAUACUUCAAUCUGUCAGCAAUAAAGAAAUAUUCAGCAGCUGAAGUGUGGAUCCAUACCAGUUCAAGAUACAAUGUAAAUGCAAAUUCUUAGUACCAAGGUUAAUUAGUCCAAUUAGCAGGAGCAGUGCUAGAUUGUCCUCUAAGGGUAAUAUAAAAAUUCAAUAAUAACUCAGUUUUAUGGGGGAUAAUUCCUUGUAUAACGUUUGCUUUGACUCAGGGAGAGAUCAGGGCAGGCCUGUGGGCAGUAUUAUCCUAAUUAGGUCACCUCCUGCAUAAUAGACUUUUUCAGAUGAGCACUAACCCAUCAUUUAGCUGCAGACCAAGAUAGAAUGAUAACUUCUGGCAAGAAGGGGUGCCAAUGUUCUAACAAGUGAGCCUGAAUUCCUUUCCAGGAUCGUCUCCCAGUCGGUUAGGAAAAAGAAACAAGGUGAGGUAAGAAAUGCUGGGUGUUGCCCAAGUAAAAUAAAAGGUGAGUGGAGAUCUGCAAUGAGCUCAGGUUUUGACAUUUUCUUUGUUUUGUUCCUCUUCUCCCCUCAUCCAAGAGGAAGAUCAGAAACAUGUGAGACUAGAAAGCCACAGGUAUUUCUGUCUUCAGCAAAUAUUCCACAGUUGCCAAAAUAAAGGAGGAAGUAUAAAAUUAUGGGACUUAGAUCCCUAGCAAAGAGGGGAGAAACAAACUCAGGAGAGCAUUUUUGAGGGAUGAGGGACAACCUGUGAGGCAGAUUGGGAAUGGAAAGAAUAGUGAAAAGGUCAUGGAACUACAAGUAGGAGUUGCUACCUGUAGUAACUUCAGCAAUUUAGUAAUUGCUAAAGUGUCAAAGGAAAAUUAAACAUUGCAAAAGAAGUACCAAAAUAUGCAAACUAUGAGUGGUGCCCUUGUGGGCAGGGUAGAAGUUUAAGCAUGAGGGACAUCUCUGAGGCAAAAUAUUUACAAGAUAUGUGGCUGAGGAAGGACAGAGGCAGUUGGUGAAGGCCAGGGAAGGAAUUACAGCCGAACAUUGGCUGUGCCACGUUUAUUGCAGAGGCAGGAAGGAAGGCCAGACAGAGGAAGGUGCUUCGAGUGUAGGCCAUGGAACCACUGUGGGUGUUUUAAUCCUGGCUUAGGCCACUUUGUUCCUAAUUAAGGUUGCACAAACCAAGUAUUAAAACAAACUUUCGAGCAUGAGCACCUUUUGUGGAGUUUCUCUUCUGUGGAUGCCCAGUUUCAGGCAGCCAGAGCGUUCAGAAGUUUGUAAGCAGCAGGUGCCCUGCACUGGGCACAGAAAAUGCAACAAAAAUGCUGCCUGGCCUGAAAAAAAGCCAACCCCAAAUAUGCAACAGUGAGAAAACAAAAUGGGUUUGUUACAGGCAUUUAACAAUUUUGACUUGGAUCAUGCUAUUCUUUGUAACAAUAUAGAGCAUUUGGGAGAGCAGAAUCACAGAAUUUUUAACUUAAGAUCAGCUUAAUUUAGAUCUUAAAGCCACAAAAGAGCCCCUGGGAUUCUGACUUCCAUGAAACUGAUGGGUGCAGAGGGUUUAUUUCAUAGGAAUUGCAAAAGAAAAAUUAUAUAGUAUGUGUUUUAUUGCAAUUUAUUGUGCUGUGGGGAGAUUUAGAUGAGAAGGUUCAUGGGCUUACUACAGAGCCUAAUUUUAGCCCUCAUUCUAAUUAGCAUCUCAGGGUUUUAUUGUUUACUCGUAAAAUGUAACCAAAAGCUGGGAGGGAAGGCGUGGCUUUCCCAGGUGUUUUUUUUUCCUCUUUUGCAAAGGGUGUGAAGAUGGUUUUCACAGAGGAAAAAAACCCUGUGUUAAUUUACUGUUGAUAUCUGGACUAAGGAAUGAAAGAAAAUUAAUAAAAAUUUAAAAUAUCUGAAGAAAUUAAAUCCCUAAAGGCAGGGUCUCCGUUGCAAACUUGACUCUGUAAAAAAAAAAAACAAAAAACCCUUGGUUUUGCUUUAGGUUUCUCUUUCCAUUUCAUGGGACAUGGAAUUCCUGGUAAGUAGCUCCAUCUGAGAUGCAGGGUGGUAUUUCAUCAACCCAGAAUAUACUAGAAAAGGGAAAACCUGGUUCUUUUCUCCUCCUGACUGACAUGGUGCCUUACAAUGAUUUUAUCAAAAGCAGUAAAUUACUAGAUUCUUUUUCCUUUCCAAAACAAAUUUUUGCCAACUGCUAAAGUUUUUUAUCCCUUGAAAACAUUGCAAAGAUAUUUCUGAAUGGAGCCUUUUCCUUGAAUUAUGGAUUCCCCAUCAAGUUUUGUGCUGGAGAUAAAAUAAUUUUAAUUAUUUCUAUUUAUUGGCUGUGUUUGGGAAGAGGCACAUCAUAGUCACAGAAGAGGGAGCUUUGAAGGAGAGUCCAUGAAAUCCAGGAAGAAAACCAGACUGUGCACAGGAAUAUGUGUGCUGACUGUGGAUGGAUGCAGGAUGCCUUCGUGGCAUUCCACAACGACAAGUCCCUGGUGAAGAAGUACCUGAAAUCUCUGCUGAUUGGGGAGCUGGCACCUGAUCAACCCAGCUUUGAGUCUAAUAAAAAGAAAUCCCUCUUGGAGGAUUUUCGUGAGCUGCGCUGCACCAUUGAGAAGAUGGGACUUCUGAGGCCCAAUUACUUCUUCUUCUUCCUGAUUUUCCUUCACCUCCUGGUGCUGGAUGCUGCAUCCUGGCUCGUGCUCUGGUACUUUGGCGUAUCCCUGGUGCCUUUCCUGGCUGGCAUGGCGUUCUUCACCACUGCCCAGAUCCAGAUGGGCUGGUUCCAGCACGAUCUGGGGCACUGCUCUGUCUUCAGGAAGCCCAGGUGGAAUCAUCUCCUGCAGAUCGUGGUGAUAAACGUGCUGAAGGGGCUGCCUGCCAGCUGGUGGAACCACCUGCACAACCAGCACCACGCCAAGCCCAACUGCUUCCGCAAGGACCCCGACCUCAACAUGCACCCUCUGCUCUUCAGCCUGGGAAAGAACCUCUCCAUGGAGCUUGGAAAGCAGAAGAAGAAGUUCAUGCCUUACAAUUACCAGCACAAGUAUUUCAUCUUGCUGGCCCCACUCGCCCUCAUACCCUUCUUCCAGCUGUCAACAAUCUACUUUGCAAUCAAGAGGAAAAAGUGGUUGGACCUGAUAUUGGUUGUGAUUUUCAACAUCCGAGUCUGCCUCAUGUAUGUUCCUUUAAUGGGAUUUAAAACCUUCAUGGUGUACUACUGGCUGUCCAGGUACCUGGAGAGUAGCUGGUUUAUUUGGGUGUCCCAGAUGAACCACAUCCCAAUGGACAUUGAUUAUGACAAGAACGAAGACUGGGUGUCUACUCAGCUCCACGCAACCUGCAACGUGAACCAGUCUGUGUUCAAUGACUGGUUCACUGGGCACCUGAACUUCCAAAUCGAGCAUCACCUGUUCCCCACAAUGCCUCGGCACAACUACUGCAAAGUGGCUCCCCUGGUGAAAAGCCUCUGUGACAAGCACGGCAUUGAGUACAAAAGCAAGACUUUGCUGACAGCCUUUGUAGAUAUUUUGCAGGAUUCAGGAGGAGGAAGAUCCCAAAAGAAAGGAUGGGUUGUGAUGAAAUGUGGAUCCAGCCACUCCAGGUGAAACAAGGCAGUUAGGUAAGCCAGGUGGUGCUGGGCACAGGUUGAGCAAGGAACUGGUCCAGCUACAAAAUACAGUUCCUCCCUUUUGAUCUUGAUAAUGGCUCCUGAGUGACAGCAUGAAUUACAUCCCUCAGCUCCGCUCCCCCUCGUUUCCCUCCAAUAAACUUGACAAGAUUGUCCUCA